AUGCAGAAGGACUCGCUACUCUCUGUAGCAGAACGUGCACACCCAGCCUGGUUUAACGCUGAAACUGGAAUCUACCGGAGCCCACACACCGCCGUGGCUCUCCCCGCCAACCCUCUCCUCGACCUCGUCUCUUUCAUCUUCUCCCAUCGCCGUCACGAUGCACCCCACACCUCUUCCUCCUCUGCAGUCGCCCUUCCGAUUCCGCUUCCGGCCACUCAAUCUCUUACGUACCAAGACCUCUUCCCCCUCGUCAAAUCCACGGCCUCUGCUCUCCACAAAUUGGGCAUCCGCCACGACGAUGUCGUCUUGCUCGUCCUCCCCAAUUCAAUUUGCUUCCUCGUCGUCCUCCUCGCCAUCCUAUACGCCUGCGCCGUCGUCACCACCAUGAACCCUCUCGCGACCGUCGUGGAGAUCAAGAAGCGCAUUGCCGAUUGCGGCGUCCGUUUGGGACUCGCUGCGCCGGAGAGAACAGAGCGGAAGGGAAAGCUUUGUUUUUAUUAA